GUUACAGUCAAACAAUAUUUGUGGUCAAAUGGUAAAUAUUUAUAUUCCUGAAAUUGGUCACCUCACAAUUCUCUAUAUAUGUCUUUUUAGGUCUAUCAGAUAAAAGCACUAUUUGUAAUUUUUGUUUAUUUGUUUGAUUAAGCAAACAAAUAUGGCGAAAGCAGCUUCUACACUUGUUCUCCCAAUCAUCUUCCUUGUUAUGUUUGCCUUAGGUAUACACUUAUCUUCAUGUUUGUUUAUGAAAUUAUGUAAUCCAUAAUCUAGUUUCGCUCUAUUCAUUGUCAAUUUGUCAUAUCCCGCAAAUACUGUAGUUCCUCGCUAUAUUUACCUCUUAAAGUUUUCACUUAGCAAUUUUCAAAAGCUUUCACAUAGUGUCUAGGUGUUAUUCUUUCUUUGGUAUAACAUCUCAAAUGUUGUAGUUUAAAUGGUUUUGUUGGAUGUAGUUGAGCAAAAUAUGGGAUGCACAGCGAGUAUGGGACUGUGCGAAAAGGAUAAGAGCUGUAGUGCCAAAUGCAGAGCUACGUUUGGAGAUAAGGCUAAUGGCUUCUGCGACCACAGUACUAGUACUGGUGGUGGUGGAGAAUGUAUUUGCGUCUACCCUUGUCCGCCUCUGGCGCCUUGAAAUAUCCAAAUUACGUAUAAGCAAUAUCUAGUCAUCGAGUUUUAAUAAGAAAUGAAAUAAGACCACAGCUCCUCA